AUGGACCAUGCUGAUCACAAGCCAGUCACAGGGGUCCUGCCGAUGUGCUAUGGGCAAGAGAGGGAAUUUAAAUGCACUGUACAAGGAACCAUCUUCCCAGCUCCCAAUUUCAAUCCCAUCAUGGAUGCCCAGAUGCUAGGAGGUGCACUCCAAGGCUUUGACUGUGACAAAGACGUGCUGAUCGGCAUUCUAACCCAGCGCUGCAAUGCCCAAAGGCUGCUGAUUGCAGAGGCGUACCAGGGAAUGUAUGGCCAGGACCUGAUUGGGGAUCUGAAAGAGAAGCUCUCGCAUCACUUCAAGGAGGUGAUGGUUGGUCUCAUGUACCCACCACCAUCUUAUGAUGCUCAUGAACUCUGGCACGCCAUGAAGGGAGCAGGCACAGAUGAGAAUUGCCUUAUAGAUAUAUUAGCCUCAAGAACAAAUGGAGAAAUUUUCCAGAUGAGAGAAGCCUACUGCUUGCAAUACAGCAGUAACCUUCAAGAGGACAUUUACUCAGAGACCUCAGGACACUUCAGAGACACUCUAAUCAAUUUGGUUCAGGGAACCAGAGAGGAAGGUUAUGCGGACCCUGCCUUGGCUGCCCAGGAUGCAAUGGUCUUGUGGGAAGCCUGCCAGCGGAAGACGGGGGAGCAUAAGACCAUGCUGCAGGUAGUCCUGUGCAGCAAGAGCUACCAGCAGCUGUGUCUAGUUUUCCAGGAAUUUCAAAUUAUUUCUGGGCGAGACAUAGUAGAUGCCAUCAGAGAAUGCUAUGAUGGAUACUUUCAGGAGCUGCUAGUUGCAAUUGUUCUUUGCGUUCGAGACAAACCAACCUAUUUUGCUUAUAGAUUACAUAGUGCAAUCCAUGACUUUGGUUUCCAUAAUAAAACCAUAAUCAGGAUUCUAAUUGCCAGAAGUGAAAUAGACUUGCUGACCAUAAGAAAACGUUACAAAGAGCAAUACGGAAAAUCUCUAUUUCAUGAUGUCAAAAACUUUGCUUCAGGGCAUUAUGAGAAAGCACUGCUUGCUGUCUGUGCUGGGGACGUGGAAGACUACUAA